AUGAGUGAGUCUGAAGGUUUAAGACUUGACACGCUUCCGACAGAAGUUAUAGUUGCGAUAUGUCAAUGCCUAUCACUUUUUAGUAAAUGUCAACUUUGCCAAGUUUGUUUGCGAUUUCAAUUAAUAAUUUAUAAUAACAAUGAGUUUUGGCAACAUCUCGACUUGUCACAAUUCGGUGAAACUCUUACAAAUCAGCACUUGUUUACGAUCUUACGAACGAGAUGGAAAUCCAAAUUACAAAAUCGAUGGUUAGAUAUAAGCGGAUGUCGGUUGAUAUCUUCUUCUGCAUUAGAAAAAUUAGCUGAAACUCAUUGUGAUUUUCAAGGCAUUCAUUUGAAUGUAGAACCUAGAUUUGAUACUUGGGAGGCUGCUGAUGAAUGGAUUAAAUCCCAAUUUUAUAAAAAAUGCCCUACAUUCACUAAGAUGGGACGUCCGGGUUUAUACCGACUGUGGCCGACGACAAGAUCAUCAUCACCACAAUGGCAAAUUAGUAAUAAAUCUAUUCAAAUAGUUCUUCAAGGUUCAUUUCAAACACUCAAAUAUCUUUCAUUUGGGAAACAAAAUCUAAACCGUGAAACUGCGAUAGCUAUUGCAUCUUGCAAGAAUUUAACACAAUUAGAUUUGAAUGGUACCAAUUUAGAUAAUGCAUCUCUUCAAGACAUUCUAUCACAUACUAAUCAGCUUGUUUCGCUCAAGCUGUUGGAUUUAGAGUUGUCAAAUAUGACUUUAAUAAUGAUUUCACUCUUGAAAAAUUUAUGUCAACUACAUUUCAGCGUAAUCAACAAAGGGAUAAUUUCAGCAAAAGCGAUCGCAGAAAUGUUAAAAUGUUUACGAAAAUUAGAUGACUUGAGAAUGAACCAAAUAAUGAUUGGUGAUGUAGAUCUAGUGAUUACGGAGGGUUUGGCAUGGAUUUCCUGUGAUGAAUUGGUUGAAGAUGACACAAAAAUUCAACAUCAAUACGAUUCCAAUGGAGAUAAGUUAAUUCAACAGGAUAGAGCGUUUAUUCGUUACUUAGACCUUUCGCCAAAAUUAGAUAUUUACCCACGGUGCAGAGAACGAUCGAUGCUUAUUGAACAUUAUAUCACGAUUAGCAAUUCUUCUUUACGGUCCUUGGCUGUAAAUCAUCCAUUUAUGGUUUCUUUUAGAUUGGUCAAUCCUUACGCAAUCAGUGCUGAAGGAGUCGAUGUACUACUUUCAGUACUUAAUUGUCUAGAAAUAUUUGAAUUGAGAUGGCGUAGGUCAGAAGUUGACCCAAUUCAUAAAUUAACCCCAAAGUUUUGUCCGAAGUUAAGGGAAAUAACUUUACACGGGGUGGAUGUUGCAGAUUUUGAUGGUUGGUUUGGUGUGCAAAAGGAUUUAGAAAUCGACCAAUGUAAAAAUAAGACUUUGCUCGAAGAAGGAUGUUCAAGAAUGACUUUUCAAAAUCUGGAAAUUCUUGAUUUGGAUUCUACAGGGUUUACGAAUAGUCAUUUUAAUAUGUUGAUUAAAUAUUGUUUGAAAGCUCGAAAGGUUAAACUGCGAACUAAUAUUGUUUACUCUCAGAUUAACGUUAAUAAUAGAACAAUCUCGAAAAGUGAUUCUGGUUGGAUCGAUAUUAAAUAA